AUGAAUCGCGAGUUCGUGUUAAAACUAUUUACUAUCCUUAAUAGUGAUGACACACCCAUUUUUGUGAUAAAAUCAAGAUGGAACUUGUGUGAGCAGCGCACACGGACCUUCGAGAGAUCAAAGUUCUCUGCAUCGAGGGGGGCGGCUGGGAGAAAUCGUGAACAGAAGACAUUGAGUAAUAGAUUGGAAUAUACAAACUGA